CUCGGGCUCUGGGCCAGACGUCGAGAGGCUCACUCACACUUGCCUUCAGCCUCUUUGUGUUCCCAGCCUGGCCUCCCCAAGACCUGCUUGUUCUGUGUUCCGCUUCUUGCAACCCCACCAAUGCUGAGAACUUGACCUUGAGAUGGUCAACGUCUGGCAUUGCACUGAAAAUAUCCGGCACCCAUCCGACAACGCUCACCACGCAUAUUCUAUACAUCUUGGCGCCACAACAGUCAAGUCCAAUUGAUAUACACGACACAGAGGCCAGCCACCCAGGGCCAGCCAAGCCAACAUGUCCGCCCCCAAAGAGGCCAUCACCCUCCGCAUCCCAUCCAAAUAUGCCUCAUCAUCAUCACCCUCGCCCUCCUUCUCACCACCGCCCCUGGACUGGCUCCACCGCACCUGGACGGUAACCCACUCCACCCUGGCCAUGUGGCGCACAGCCCGCAACGUCCGCAUAACCUACUCCCCGCUCCCGGCGGACCCGGCGGGCCGCGCGCGCAUCGACGACCUGGUGCAGUACGAGAAGAAGACCUCGGGCAAGGCCGCCGUCAAGACGGUCCAGGGCGUCGACACGUGCUCCUCCCCGGGCGAGGCCGGCACGGCCAGCUGGGACUGGCGCGGCAAGGGCCUGCUCGCGUUCGUCACCAGCCACUGGGAGGUCGUGGGCUGGGGCGAGCGGGACGCCGCGGGUGGGGAGGGGGAGGGGGGAGGCAAGGAGAGGUGGGCCGUCACGUGGUUCGCGCCUACGCUCUUCACCAAGGAGGGCGUGGACCUGUAUAGUGACCGCAAGGGCGGCAUGAGCCCUGCGCUUGCGGCGGAUAUACUUGCUGCGCUGAAGGGGUUGGGCGCCGAGCCGCUUGUGAGGAUGGUCGAGGCGGAUAUGAAGGAGGUCGAGGUCCGUCUGCCUUGGCUGGAGGGGUAGGUCGGCCUGUAACUAUGACUUACAGAUAAUAUAAGGGUGUCUCCUGUAGUCUUCAACUAGGUACGUGAGGUUUAUAAUGAGAUAUCCCUUCAGGAGCAGCACAAUUAGGACAUC